AUGAGAAGUACAGCAGAGAGCCAGCAAACAGCAGACAGGAACCAAGUGCUGUGUCUUCUGCAAAAGAUGCCAAAAGGUCUUUUCACUUUAAUUCGUCUUUUUAUGCUCUUACUCAGUUUCUCCACUAUUUGCCUGGGAGUACUUUGCAUGUCCAUGAAUUCCUCCAUGUGCAGAUGUGGGUACAACAAGCUAGUGUUUUAUUGCCUGUUAGCUCUGGGGCUCUGUCUCCUUGUUACUGGCAUUUUCUGGAGCACUUUCCAUGAAGUCCUGAAAUACAGGGCCCUUGGCAUCUUCAUUCGAAAUCCCAGCCACAGAGAACCAUAUGUCUGCACCAUAGACAGGCCUGACUUCUACCCUCCCUCUUAUGAAGACAGCAUAGAUCCUGAAAAACUUGUCUCCCCACUGUCAGUUGCCUCCACACUAAAACAGCAAGAAUUUAUCAAUAUUCCUCCGCCUCCAUACAGUGAAAGCAGUGCAGAGUUUGUCAGUGAAACAAAUGAGCAGGAACAGCCACCACCAUACACAUUAUCUCUGGAGCAACAGCAAACAGCUGGCCAAGACCCAAACCCCACAGAAGGGGGUUAAAUUCUCAUUUAUUCAUCCAAGAAAUCGGUUGCCAACAGGAUACAGAUUUCCAGAGUACCUCAGGAAGAGCAACACCUGUCAAAACAUGAGAGACAGGCAGCCAGUAAAAUCCUGCAUCUGCGGAGCAUGGAAAACUGGAAGAAGACUUGUAGCAUUGAUCGCUAAUAGCAACACUACUUAAAGUGAAAUUGUCCAGGAAAACAUUGAUCAUUUGUGACUCAGAGUGGAGUUGGAGGGGAUAUGUAAAUGAGCUCAGUAUUUCCAAUUAGAAUAAAUCUCCAGAGAGAUAGAAAUGCUCAGGCUGUGUCUAGUAAAAGUCACCAUCUCUGGCAAUAGGAGUUUCUUACACUGCAAGAUAAAUGAACUAUCAUGGUAUUAUCAAUCUUGAUUUCUGCUUCAUAAGGAGUUUCAGAAGAAAGCUCUCAUUUUUGGUUUUCAGACAUUAACUGACUUGGGAAACCUAUUAACAUAGCUUUUGUUUGAAAUUUGCAGAUUAUCUGUUGCAACUGAUUAUUUUUGUAUUGUAUGCCUUUCAAGUUAUUUGUUUUAUGUGGGGGGUAAAAAGAACUGCUAUUUUACUAGUGAAUUAAUGAAUAAAUUUUGUAUUUAAAACAAAUGCCUUGUAUUUGCUUCUAUGAUACAAGAUGCCCAUGAUUCAGGAUAAGGGCACAGUAAAAUACACCACCUAGCUGCCAGAGAGCUCUGGUUAUGCUUACAUCUCCUCAGAGAGAACUAUCAAUUGCAGGAGGAAAAAUAAUCUCUGAUUCCUCUGAGCCAAUUCUAAGAGCAAUUGCUUGUGUUACAGCUUACUCAAGACUGUGAGAACUGAAAAAGGGACCCUGUACUCUGUUUCUGACACAAGUGGCUUCAUAAUUACACAACAAACAUCAGAAAAAACACCGGCUUGGACUCAUCCUUGUUCUGUUACAUGUAUCCUUCCUCCCACAAAAUCACUGAGGCAAAUUUGCAUCCAGGCCACUGUCAUCUGUAAUUCCAGAUGGCAAGAAGAAUUUCAUGAAGGUUCGCUCAGACUUGAACUCUGAUGUUUACUUUGGAUGGAAUUUUUCUUUCUGGGUUGGAAGGUUUGGAUUAGAGAAGAUCAUUUAGCCCAAGCCCCUGCACUAAGCAGGUACAUCUUCAAUUAUAUCAGUUGGUCAGAGCACUGUCCAACUUGACCUUUAAUUUUUCCAGGAGUGGGACAUGUAUCACCUCUCUAGGCAACCUGUUCCUGGUUUUAUUACACACCAGUGAGACUGAAAAGCUAUCACACUUUCCAGAUGUUCAUGUACUGUAAAACUACAAGUCAAGCAUUACAGCUUUACAUGCAAGCCAUGGUAGUAGCCACUGCUAAGGCCAGAGAACUGACAGUUGUGUCAGUUUUGUCUUUCAAAGAAUUUAAUCCUUCAUGGGAAGAACACACAGUUCUUCAGUUGUUGUAAGUAGAAAGGAAAGAAGAUUAAAAAGG